AUGAAGUAUAUUUUUCUGUUUGUCAAUCCUACUGCGGGGGGGAAUAGAGCAUCUAUGUUCACCGACUUUGGAGUCAACGGUAUAAUAUUCCACAAGCCGCACAAGUGCCAUUUCUCCAUUUACAACAUUUUGGAAGGCGAGCAUGGGAAGAAGCCCGGGUUCCUGCACCUCAGUUCUGUGACGAACAGCCCUCCGGAGGCUGAAAUUAAAAGUGAGUUCGUGACCCCCCAAUCGGGGGGCCCUCUUAACAAAAGUAGCCACCCCGUGGAGGGGAAAAGCACCACACCCAACCGCAACCCAAGUCAUAACACCAGUAAAAACGGAACAAAUGAACCAAGUAACAAUACAGGUAGUAAUAACGAUGAUGGCAUAGCUGGGGAGGAUGAAAACAUAUGUGCCUACGUCCUAGUGGCAGGAGGAGAUGGAACAUUGAAUUGGUUUCUAAAAGAAGCAGAACAUUAUGACAUUAAGGACGAUAAAAUUGCCGUAGGCGUAAUUCCCUUCGGAACAGGCAACGAUUUUGCCAAAGCGUUCGGAUGGAAAAAAAUGGAUGGCUUUUUUAACUACACCUUUUUAUUUGAUAUUUUAAAAAAAAUAGUAGAUCAAGCGUUCAAGUCUAAAAUUGAAAAACAUGAUUAUUGGAACGUACAUGUGAAGUUGAAGGAAGAGGGGUAUUUUAAUAAAAUCAGUUCUGCGACGAAAAAGAAGGAAACCUUAACUGAAAAUGAACAGAAUGUGAAGGUCCUAAAACUAUGCAUGAGCAAUUACUUCAGUAUAGGGAUAGAUUCAAGGAUAGGUAGAGGGUUUGAAAGACACAGACAGAAAAGUGCCUUUAUUAAUAAACUCAUUUAUGCCGUUGAAGGAUUUAAAAAAAUUAUUUUUAAAAAAAAUAUUCCUGUUAAUUUAAUUAUUGACAAAAUGGUUACUGGCAAAAAUUACGAAAACGUUAUUUUUACGACUAGCCAUAAUGACAGCACAUCUCCUCCCCCCCCUGUACUCAAAAAAGCAAUGAGCAUAAUAUGCGUCAAUAUUCCCUCCUACUCCUCUGGAAAUGACAUAUGGAAUUAUACGCAUAAAAUUGGGUUAAAGUUACCAAAGGAUUUACCUUUGGAGCAGAAAAAAAUGUAUAAAGAUUUAAAAAAAUCGCAACAGGAGGUGGGGGAUGGUGUGCUGGAAUUUGUCAUAUAUCAGUCAGGGGUAGACUUGGGGUUGGAAUUCACCCUGAGGGGUAGAGCCUUUAGGGUGCACCAGGGAGUUGGCCCGUGGAAAAUACUUUUUAAAGAGCAAGUGUGUAAUGUUUAUUUUCAGGUGGAUGGGGAGUACUACCUCAUGUCGUCUCCCGAGAGCAUCUCCAUCGACCAUUACAAGAAGAUCAACGUGUUGAAGAAUAUGGUGUGA